AUGGACCUCGCGCGCGCCGUUCGCGCGCGAGAGCGCGUCUUGAACGCGUUCAACCGCGAGCAGAGCGAUUUCGCGACGUUACGCGAGUGGAACGACUACCUGGAGCGACGAGAGGAGUUGAUCUUCAAUCUGACAGAAGGCAUCGAUGUGACGGCGACGGAGGCGGCGAUCGCGGAGCACAGGCGGAUGCACGGGAGUGAGAUUGCGGCUUUAAAUGCGCGGCGACGGGCGGCGAGCGGAUUCGGGGAUGCGAGUGGGGCGGAGGCGGAUGGGGGGUACGUCCCGGAGACGGCGAACGCUAUGACGGCCAUGCCGGUGCCGACGAGCGCGGUGCGACGAGGGUUGGAAGCGACGAGUUUGGGAUACGACGAGAAUACGGAAGAGGGACGGCGAGCGCGAGCGGAGGCGAUCGCGCGGGCGUGUGGGUUCGAUGGGAAGGCGGUUGCGCGGUUGCGGUGCGUUCGAGAGGCAUUCGCAACCAUUUGGGCUGGUGCGUGA